AACGAAUGAACAUUGUUCAUCGUCAUUUUGCAUGAGAAAAAAAUCGUCGAGUUCAAUUCGAAUUUUUAUAAUUGUAUUACCUUUAAUACGAAAUUAUAAGGGAUAGACGCAUAAGAAUCAACCAGUUUGUGCCAUUUUUUAAGCAAAUUAAGUGUCGAAUUCGUACUGAGUGUUGUAAAAAUCAUCAUAAAUUAACUUCCAAUGACGACGAUUCGCAAGAAAUUGGUAAUUGUCGGCGACGGUGCCUGCGGUAAAACUUGCCUUCUGAUUGUCUUUAGCAAAGAUCAAUUCCCCGAGGUGUAUGUACCCACUGUGUUUGAGAACUAUGUGGCCGAUAUCGAAGUUGAUGGUAAACAGGUGGAGCUGGCCUUAUGGGAUACGGCCGGGCAGGAGGACUACGACAGACUACGACCGCUGAGUUAUCCGGACACAGAUGUAAUACUGAUGUGUUUCUCAGUGGAUUCCCCCGAUUCACUAGAAAAUAUUCCUGAAAAGUGGACCCCAGAGGUCAAACACUUUUGUCCAAAUGUUCCAAUCAUUUUGGUAGGAAAUAAGAAAGAUUUGCGAAAUGAUCCCAACACAAUUCGGGAUCUCGCAAAAAUGAAGCAGGAGCCUGUUAAGCCGCAAGAGGGACGCGCCAUGGCCGAGAAGAUAAAUGCCUUUGCCUAUUUGGAAUGCUCGGCCAAGUCCAAGGAGGGUGUCCGGGAGGUGUUUGAGACGGCAACCAGGGCUGCGUUGCAGGUUAAAAAGAGGAAGAAGACCAGAUGCCUUUUGCUCUAAAAGAGCAACUAACAAAUGAAAAUCUUUAACCAUAAUACAACAAAAACAGCAACAACAACACACAUAAACACCACACCCUCUCUCACCACACCCACACACACAACACACACCUUUUAAAAAAAGAGAAAAAACGACAGCAACAAACAACAACAACAAAAACAACAUCGGCUGGAGGAUGGAUCAUCAGGAGAACGCCAGAAACUAACGCAGCAAAUCGUAGUGAACCCGGGGCAGAGUGUGUCCCAUGCGGAUUUGAUUUUAUAUACAGUUUAGUGUAGUUAUAAACCGAAGUAAAACCACAGUAAUAACGAUGGCAUUAUUAAUUGUAUAUCCCAAGGGCAGCAGACCGACCAAUCCAGUCGAGCGGCUACAAUCCAGAAAUAUAUAUCGAUAUAUGUAUACAUAUUCAAGUUGCAUCCGUUUCUGUUCACCCCCUAUCCUGCGCUGUUCUUUGAUGCUUUUUGUGACCUUGUUGCCUUGAGUGCAGACCCGCCUGCUUGUGCGAGGGUGUGGCAAGUUGAAUCAGUUGGAAAUGUCCAGUCAGACGCGAUAAUAUGAUCUAUUAUGUUCCCUUUUCACAAAAACUACUUUAUCAAGUGACACAGAAACCGCCAAUAAACGAUGAAAGCGUAACUACACUACAAGCAAACACACACAGAAAAGAUACAAGAUACUUUCAACACAAACGAUUAAUGUUUAUUAUUUGACUAAAACGUAAGCCACAAAUGAGAUGCAUUCAGUUUUCGGGAGUGGGUUGAGUCCCAGGAAUAUGGAAUCAGAGCGAAAAGUUUUUAAUAUUUGUAUUUUGCAUUAAAACAAAUUGAAAAAAAUAUAAACAAAAAAAACGAUGCAACAAGCUACCAAACUAAAUGUAUGAGGAGGAUUUUAUAAUUUUAUAAAAUGCCAGUACCACAUAUAUAUAUAUAUAUAUAUAUUAAUAUAUAUACAUACAUCUAAAUAUACAGUGCAUAUAUGUGUGUAUGUCUCUUUUUGUAUUUUGUACCGUCAAUCGUGUAAUUUCUCACACAGAAAAUGUUUAAACAAAAGAACACUCAAGGGAAAAGUGCCGUUUUCUACAGCAACAACAGAAAAAAGCAACCGCAAAGGAAUAAAUCUGAAUAUUUUCUAUAUAAGUGUAACUACGCUACUAUUUUCUACAGUUACUAUUACACAAUUUACUAAAUUUAUAAAUAAAGAAAACAAAAAUAAAUACAAAGAAACAAAAAAAAACUAAGAUCGAAAACCAGAGUCGAAAGUAAAUUUGUAAAUUUGUGCAUUCAAAGUUUUGCUUCCUAUACAAUAAAAAAAACACAUUUACCAGAUUA